AGUAAUGUAGCCAUUUCUGACCCAGCAGCCGGGAAAAUGUGAGACAAUUUGCUGCUGCUGGAAGGAGGACAGCUGGGGCUGUGUUCCUGCAAGAGCACAUUAACUUCACCACGGUGGACCCUGGCGGCAGAACAAGACAAAAAUGGACGACAGUAUGGAUACAAGAUCCAUUCUAGAAGAACUUCUUCUCAAAAGGUCACAGCAAAAGAAGAAAAUGUCUCCAAAUAACUACAAAGAGAGGCUUUUUGUUUUGACCAAAACAAACCUCUCUUACUACGAAUAUGACAAAAUGAAAAGAGGCAGUAGAAAAGGAACAAUUGACAUUAAGAAAAUCAGAUGUGUGGAGAAAGUCAAUCUCGAGGAGCAGACCCCUGUGGAGAGACAGUACCCAUUUCAGAUUGUCUAUAAAGAUGGGCUUCUCUAUGUCUAUGCAUCAAAUGAAGAGAGCCGAACUCAGUGGUUGAAAGCAUUACAAAAAGAGAUAAGGGGCAACCCCCACCUGCUGAUCAAGUACCACAGUGGGUUCUUCGUGGACGGGAAGUUCCUGUGCUGCCAGCAGAGUUGCAAAGCGGCCCCAGGAUGUACUCUCUGGGAAGCAUAUGCUGAUCUGCACAUUGCAACAAAGGAAGAGAAACACAGAGCUCCCACUUUCCCAGACAGAAUGUUAAAAAUUCCUCGAGCAAUCCCUAUUUUCAAAAUGGAUGAAACCUCUUCAAGUACCAGUCUAGCCCAGUAUGACAGUGACACAAAGAAAAACUAUGGCUCCCAGCCAAACGUCAAUAUGCGGUAUACAAGAGAAGACUACCGUGACUGGUGGCAAGUAAGAAACUGAAAAGGUAAACCUCACGGUGAAGAUUUUGCCUGCAGUAACCAAAGUGAAAGAAAUGUUGUGAAUCACAGCACAUCAAAGAUGUCAUGGGGAUUCCCUGAGUCAAGUUCAUCUGAAGAAGAGGAAAACCUGGAUGACUAUGACUGGUUUGCAGGUAACAUCUCCAGGGCACAAUCUGAGCAGUUACUGAGACAAAAGGGAAAAGAAGGAGCCUUUAUGGUUAGAAAUUCCAGCCAGGUGGGAAUGUAUACAGUGUCCUUAUUUAGUAAGGCUGUGAAUGAUAAAAAAGGAACCGUCAAACAUUACCAUGUGCAUACAAAUGCUGAGAAUAAACUGUACCUGGCAGAAAACUACUGUUUUGAUUCUAUUCCAAAGCUUAUUCACUAUCAUCAACACAAUUCAGCAGGUAUGAUCACACGGCUCCGCCACCCUGUGUCCACAAAGGCCAACAAGGUUCCCAGCUCCGUGUCCUUGGGAAGUGGAAUCUGGGAGCUGAAAAGAGAAGAGAUUACCCUGUUGAAGGAGCUGGGAAGCGGCCAGUUUGGAGUGGUCCAUCUGGGCAAGUGGAAGGGGCAGUAUGACGUUGCUGUUAAGAUGAUCAAGGAGGGCUCCAUGUCAGAGGAUGAAUUCUUCCAGGAGGCCCAGACCAUGAUGAAACUCAACCAUCCCAAGCUGGUAAAAUUCUAUGGAGUGUGCUCAAAGAGAUACCCUAUAUACAUAGUGACUGAAUAUAUAACCAAUGGCUGCUUGCUGAAUUACCUGAAGAGUCAUGGAAAAGGACUUGAACCCUCCCAGCUCUUAGAAAUGUGCUAUGAUGUUUGUGAAGGCAUGGCCUUCUUGGAGAGCCACCAGUUCAUACAUCGGGACUUGGCUGCUCGGAACUGCUUAGUAGACAGUGAUCUCUCUGUGAAAGUAUCUGACUUUGGAAUGACAAGGUAUGUUCUUGAUGACCAGUAUGUCAGUUCAGUAGGAACAAAGUUUCCAGUCAAGUGGUCAGCCCCAGAGGUGUUUCACUACUUCAAAUACAGCAGCAAGUCAGACGUAUGGGCAUUCGGGAUCCUGAUGUGGGAAGUGUACAGCCUGGGGAAGCAGCCCUACGACUUGUACGACAACUCCCAGGUGGUUGUGAAGGUCUCCCAGGGCCACAGGCUCUACCGGCCCAAACUGGCAUCGGACACCAUCUACCAGAUCAUGUACAGCUGCUGGCACGAGCUUCCAGAGAAGCGUCCCACAUUUCAGCAACUCUUAACUUCCAUUGAACCACUUCGGGAAAAAGACAAGCCUUGAAGAAGAAAUUAGGAGAUCGGAUGAGAAUGAAUGUAAAUGUUGGCCAACAUCUUCAUUCUUUUUAAGGAAAGUAGCAAGGCACAGACAAUGUAAUCUAGCUAGUUCUUAAUAGUAUUCUGUGUGCUGUUUAUCUGUUAUAGUACCUAGAAAUGAAUAAGGUAGGAAACAAAAGAUUUCCUUGAAAUUAAGGUCAAAUUAGUAAUUUUGUUUAUGCUGUUCUUAGUAUUACACUUCCCAGCCUAUAGCAGAAGCAUAUUUUCAGAUUGGACUAUAGAGAAGGUGUAUACCAUGUGUAAAGAUUGAACAGAAUUGAAAAAUUACUUGUUGGAUAUUUGUUCUUUUCUUUAUAUUGUCACUCUCAUGAUAAUUAAAUAUACUAUUAACAAGUACAGAAAUGUGGACAUUUGCCUUCAUGUUUCAAUGUCCUCAAUCUUUAGCAUGCAUGCAUGCAUGCAUGAGAAUCAAAUGGUUACUAAAUGGUUUCAUGAGAAUCAAAUCUGGUUACUAAAACAGAUUCUUAGGAACUACCCCAGAGACUCUGGUAGAGCAGGUCUGAGUGAAGCCUGAGAAUUUGUAUUUUUAACAGGCGCCCAGAUGUUCCUGUGCAGUCUGAACUGCCUUAGGGGACCUCAUUAUGCUGUGGGUGUCGUUCAUACUCUUUCUCACCCCACUCACCCCCCAACUAUUUCAAAUGAGCCCUCUUAGUUAUUUGUUUCUUGACAUUUAAAUAAUGAUUCCUUUCUUUUCAGCAGAAUUGCCUUAUGAUAAUAGUCUUCUGUUUUUUACAGAGGCACACAAAUCUCAAUGCAUAAUAAAAGGAACUUUAAAAAUAACCACUAGGGCACUUAUACAUUCAGUGAGCAUUUAUUUAGCAUGUACCGUGUGCCAGGUUCUUUCCUGGUGGGGGGUACAGGGAGCAAUUAGCACAGCCCCCCUCCUCAGUGGGCCACAGUCACGUGGGGGUUGCAGCCUUUGCUGCGCUCUCCCAUCCUGUCCACCAGGAACUGCAGCACAGACUGUGAACCCCCCCAAAGAAAGAUGUCCCAAGCCCAAACUAGGUCUUGCUGGUGCCCCCUCCGCCCGCACCUUGAAGGUUGUUUUCCUUUCUUCUUAUUUUUAUGUAUUCGAUCUUCUAACAAUCCUCUUUCUAACUAAAGGGACACGUGCUCAUUGAAAAAAAUUCAAACAGUACAGAAUUGUCUAUUAUAAAAAGGGGCCAAAGCCUGGCUUAGAAACCUGCCUCCGGAAAUGAAGUCAAGCAAGACUUUAAGAUACUAGUAGAGGUUUAUCAGAAAAUAAGUCCAGUGAUGCUGGGGUGAGCAGGUAAAGGAACAAUAUUCAUACUAUUUAAAACAUGCACAAUAAAUGUUAAAAUGCUGUUUGCCUGUGUUUAGUGGUGGUAUCUGGCGUUUCUCGUUGUUCUAAACCAGGGACCUGCCUACACUCCCUUGGAAGCGAAGAAAAUGUUCGUUGUCCCCUGACUUGGCUAACUGACCCACCAUCACCAUUAUCUCUAUGGAAUUUAUUAGGAACAAAGUUAUCUAACAUUAUGCUGGUCACCACGAAGCGUGAGUUGACAGGUAGAGUUUGGAUAUUUUGAUCCAUUUAACCUAUUUUAAGUGAGUCUUCAGGCAGGUAGUGGAGCUGUGCUCAUUAUUGGUCUGGGGACUCUGAAAUAUGUCAAAGCAGCAUCAGCUUUGGUUCCUAACCUGAGGGUGUAUGUCAUCUUAGCACACUCUUUUCAGACUGAUUUUACAAUUGCUUUGUACAAUAAAGCAAUUGAAGAAAUUGGGAUACAUUCUAGGAUACUUGGGACGUCAAGGGUCCCAGGCGGUCAGAGGGCAACCUCGUCCCUGGAAGUGAAAAACAGACAGAACCUACAGAAGCCCCAACACAUAAGUACCCAUGACAGCACAAGAGUGUGAAAAUCUAGUAUUUAUUGAAUGUCUGCUUUGUGCUCAGCACUGCUCAGACAUUGUGAGUGAAUACAAAAGAUUUAAGAAACUGGGUGCCCACUUCAGAGGGUGAUAUUCAGUUGGGAUUUCCAUUCAGUCCACAGUUAGAGAACAACAGAAGCGAAUUUCUACCAGGUGUGUGGGGUGAGGGGUCAUGGAGGCCCUGGGGGCUACUUUAAUCUUGUCAGAGAGAUGAUGAUCCGACAGCUUGGAAGUGAGAAGGCAACACCUUCUGACACUCUCUGGGUUCUUCUCUUUUAGACUUGUCAUCCUGUAGAAGGCAUGGUCUAGUCCAAUCACCACUGGGCAAAUCAGUAUAGUACUUAGAUUACGUUAAUGUGAAGAGAGCGCAUCAUCCUUUACACGUGAAUUUAAAGAAAGUGAAUAGUGUACGUCAUUCCCCAUCCCUGUAGCUCCAUCAGCUCACGUGCACUGUCCUUAAAAGCCAUGCAACUGGAUUCCAUAGAAGGCUCCUACACUUACUCCUGCCAUGUAGCUUUUUUUCAGCUCCAGCAACACAAUAGACAUUUCCAUUUCCAUUACCCCUGAACAGCCCGGGUGGCUAAAGACACACUUUCUCUAUUAUUCUCAAAGAUAAACAUCUCUUUUAGGAAACAGAAAAGAAGUCAAAUGUUGAUACAGAAAUAAAUACCAAAAGCAAUGCAAGUGAAGAGGCCCUCUCCUCGGCAUGUCUUCUUUGGACAAUUUUCCUGAACACAGCCAUGGUUCUGAUAUUUAAUAACAUCUUUAUAAUCUCAUAUUUUCUGGACUACGAAAUUAACAUUUACAUACAAUGAAAUCACCUCAAGAGGAAAUAAAAUAGAUUUCUCUAAAACGAAGUCUGAACAUCAUCACCAUUUU